AGCACUUUUGGCCGCGCUUUCCCAGAAGUAGUCACCGUUAUUUCUCUGUGCGAGCAAUCGGCAUUUCACAACAGAAAGAGGUCUACCGAAAAAGGGAACUCAAAUUUGUAUGUUGCAUAAUUAUACUUUACUUGGAUCUCGGAAGCUGUGUGCAACGAAGACAUCAUGAACGCUUCACAAUUGUGUAUCUUAUCGCUGGUCGUGCUUUCUAUGUUGCUGGCAUGGAGUGCACCGUGCAAUGCCAGCACCGUCUGUGGUCCAUGUACAUGCGUGGACGACUUUCUACUGUCGUGCGGAAACACGACAACCAUAAGUUUGAACAAUAUGGGUUUGACGAAUCUGUCUGCAUCAGCGUUUCAGCAAAGCACGUCCGUUAAAUAUCUAAGCUUAAGCAAUAAUCAGCUUGUUGACCUUCCUGGAGGACUGUUUCAAGCCACAACCAAAUUAACAGACCUAGAUUUGGAUGGGAAUCAGCUCACUCAGCUACCAGAGGGAUUGUUUCGAACAACUAAAGAAUUAGACCAGUUAGACGUAACCAAUAAUCAACUUGUUGACCUUCCUGCAGGACUGUUUCAAGCCACAUCCAAAUUAACCAGCCUGUAUUUGUUAAACAAUAGAAUUCGGCACUUACCUGUUGGACUGUUUCGAACCACAACGGCUUUGUCAGAGAUAGAUUUGGACACGAAUCAGCUCACUCAGCUACCAGAGGGAUUGUUUCGAACAACUAAAGAAUUACAAUCGCUGUGA